ACAUGCCAAACGGCAUACAGGGGGAUGUUUCAGUUGAGUGAAUAUCUACUAUAAGCACACGUUGCAGAUCGUCGUCUUGUAUAUAUUAUUCGCGUAAUACUUAUUAGUCGGCUUCACUUGGUAUAUCAUAGAAAGCUAGUAAAGGUAUAAAUUGUGUCAUACAUGAAGAACCAUCAUGCCACCGUUAAGCCUGCAUGCAUGUUAUGUUUAUACUACAAUAUUCACCAUCAUCAGGUUUGCUACAAACUCAUGUCUUGGAGUUGAGGCGCUUAUUUGUGAUUCCCAUCAUGGCAGAACGUCGACGACCACGACGACGACGGCGUACUAUGAUGAGGAGGAACAACCACUGACGAUAUGUCAUGAAAGAACAGUCGAAGAAAUAUUGAAUAAAAAUAAGCUCCAUGUUUUUGAAGUGGAUGAGACGAUACACAAAAGCAACGAUCUAGCUCUUGCGGAUGGUACUGGCGUUAUGACUGCUAUCAUUAGAACAAGUUACAAUUCAUCUCCUUUGGAAAUCGCAUUCGUUGUAGCAACACAUGCUGUUAAUCUAGACGUAUUCGUGGAAGGGGACGGUACCCUUAGUAAAGUAUUCCUGAUCACAUCCUGGAAGAUAAGAAGCAGUGUGUCUGUUACAAGUAGUACAACAACUCCUCAAAUUGUACAACUUGACUGCAGUGACGUGUCGGCAAAGUCAACAAAAUUAGUAUUCACUACCACAAGUAAUUGCGAAGUGGAACAAUAUCAUCACUACUUCAGCUCUUCCUAUAUAACGACUGUUACACAAACAGAACGAGCAGACGAAUGGAUAGUUGAUUUGAGAUGACAUUAGCAGCCAUUUUCUUUCAUUAAAUAAGUUUCAAGUUUAUUCAAUUGAUUUCAAAUCCAAACAUAAAUAACUACAAUUAAAUAAAAAUAAACAAUGUUUACAAAUUAUCAAACAAAUUUACAUAGAUAAAUCAACAUUUCUAAAAAUAAACAAAACGAAAAACAUAACAAAACUAAAACAGAAAAAACCUAAGCUAUAUGCUGUCAGGUACUGCUUGG